AUGUACAAGGUCCUUGCCAAAGUACCAUAUCCAUAUCCCCUGCUUGAAGCUGCUAUUGUGUAUCUCACACAUAUACUUCACUUCUCCACACAUUCACAUGUGCACAGGACCAAACAGUCAAAGCCACAGAGGCUCACAUACUGGAGGCCAAAGUUACUCAAUUGCAUGGUUGGUGUUUUGCAAUUGCACAGUGCCAAUGGAGGUUCAGGGAAUGGGACUUGCAGUGCAAGGUUACAUUAUCUAGUAGGGACUAACCAGCAUCAGGACCAUGAGAUUAUUUCCCAUCUUGCUGAAGCUGACAUGAUCAUGGCCAACUUGGAAUGCACAAAUAGCAGGGUUGCAACCAGUCAAGCAGCAACAUUUACCACACAGCUGUCAUAUACUCUAUUCUAUUGGGAAGUGCUCCAUGGAGAGAUUGAGACAUUGCACACUGGCAGUGAAAGCAAGCUUGAGUCCAAGUGCACAAGACUCGAAGGUGCUGUUGAUGUUGCAUGA